AUGCCGGAGCAUUUCUUCGUCUCCCCAUCAAUGGUCCCACCCUCUACCUCCGCCCUUAUGGAUUCUGUUUACGGAUCACUUGGAUGACACCGCGUGUCCCGAAGUUAUCACCGAUUCUCUUGUUCUAAAGAUGUUCUUUUUGGCGUUACUCCCUUUGCCCAUACAUUAAUCAUUAAUGUUUCGAUGUCUUCUCAUGUUCUAUCAUUCGCUUUCUCCAUCGGAGGAAGAUUUUGGUGCUCUAUCUCGUUAAAGAUCCUCUGCGAAAGAUAGGAGUCACCAUAUAUUAUAGGUAUUGAAGAGAUGGAGGCAAGCAACCAAAUGCAGCACAAAACAACUGUUGCAGUUGCUAUCAGUAGGACAAGAAACAGCAACUAUGCUUUACAGUGGGCUUUGAAGAACUUCAUGUCAGAGGAUGGAAUUAUGUUUAAACUUCUACAUGUUGUGCCAGCAAUUAAGAUGGUUCCAACUCCAAUGGGGAAUCGCCUCCCUAUUGAGCAAGUGCGAGAUGAUGUUGUUGCUGCAUAUAGGAAAGAAGAAGAAUGGAGAGCACAAGAUAUGCUCCGGCCCUACAAGAAAAUGUGCACUGAAAGGAAGAUUGAGGCAGAAGUUGUGGUUCUUGAAGGAGAUGACGCAGUUGAAGCAAUAGCUAGAGAUAUCACAGAAAGUUCCAUCAACAGGCUUGUCAUAGGUGCUUCAACCAGAAAUCCAUUGAUGAGGAAAUUUAAGGGAGGCAACUUGUCAUCUAGAAUUGCUCAGUGUACACCACUCUUUUGUACAAUUUAUGUUGUCUCAAAAGGUAAAUUGUCAUCUGUCCGUCGAUCAAUAUCUGGAAUAGAUGAAACUCAAUCAUUGCCGGUGAUGGAGGAUAGAAUAAAAGAAUCAAAUGAUUCUGCUGUAGUUUCUUGCAGUUUUUCAAGCAUUUCUAGUUCAAAGUCAGACUCAGAUGCAGAAGCAAUCAUUUCUCCACUUGAUUCUUUGGGACAGCUUCAAGAGAAUCUAAACUCCAUCAGCAAGGGCAGUGAUAUACCUAGUUUAGUUCCUCUUCCAGCUGCAGAUGUUUCUCCUUUUGGAGAAUCUAGAAUUUCCACUUUUAACAUAUCAGUGUCUCAGUGUACAAGCAGCGUGGGUAGUCUGAGAAGCUAUCGGACAGAUAAAUCAUGGAAUUUUGAUAUGAGUUCAACGUCAUGCAAUUCAAGAGAAUGUAUGGCAUCAGGGAAUGAGGGAGAUAUCCAUGGGAAACUUGAAAGACUCGAGAAAGAAACACUUGCAUGUGCAAGUGAUCCCUAUUUGAAGUACACGUGGGAAGAAAUUGUUGCUGCUACCUCAUCAUUCUCUGAGGCUAACAUGGUUGGAGUUGGAGCAAAUGGUAAAGUUUAUAGGGGGAGUUUCCAUCACACAGUGGCAGCCAUAAAGGUGUUGCACUCAGAUGCAGGAUAUAGCGUCAAGCAGUUCAAGCAAGAGCUUAAAGUUCUUCCCAGAGUUCGUCAUCCCCAUGUGAUAUUGCUGCUCGGUGCUUGCCCUGAUAAGGGCUGCUUGGUUUAUGAAUACAUGGAAAAUGGUAGCCUGGAGGACCGAUUACAAUGCAAAAAUAGUUCGAUUCCAAUACCAUGGUUUUCUCGCUUUCGAAUAGCCUGGGAAGUUGCUUCCGCUCUCGUUUUUCUCCACAACUCAAAGCCAGAACCUAUUAUUCACCGAGAUCUUAAACCUGCUAACAUUUUACUUGACAAUAAUUUUGUGAGCAAGAUUGGUGAUGCCGGUCUUUCCACUUUGCUUCCUACAAUGCCAAGCUUGUCUUUGUCUACAAUACAUAAGGACACUGCUCCUGUUGGCACAUUCUUCUACAUGGAUCCUGAGUACCAGAGAACUGGCUUGGUUUCACCCAAGUCUGACACCUAUGCAUUGGGAAUGGUGAUCUUACAGUUACUGACUGCAAAACCUCCAGUAGGUCUUACCCUUCUCAUUGAAACUGCAUUGGAAAAUGACUCUUUGAUGGAAGUUUUAGAUUCCAAAGCUGGGUGGUGGUUGGAAGAAGAGGUGAAAGAACUAGCUAACCUUGGACUUAGUUGUUUAGAGCUAAGGAGCAAGGACAGGCCCAACUUGAAGGAGCAGGUUCUUCCAGUGCUGGAGAGGUUGAAAGAUAGAGCUGAACAAGCUCGUUACUCAGUACAUGAACUCUCUGUCCCCCCAAACCAUUUUAUUUGUCCACUUAUGAAGGCUGUAAUGGAUGAUCCCUGUAUUGCUUCUGAUGGUUACACAUAUAACCGUAGUGCGAUCGAGAUAUGGCUCAGCAAGAAGGACAAAUCCCCCAUCACAAAUUUACCAUUUCUGCAUAAAGACAUUACACCUAACAAUUCCCUUCUUUCUGCUAUUAGAGAUUGGAAGUCUAGAAAAAAUGACACAAUCAUUGCUCCAUCAUGAAAAGCCACGACUCUCGAAAGGCCAACACCUUAAACUGGACAAAUUUUUCACCUGUGAAUUUACACAGAAAAUUCAUCAUGGUACCAAUGUGAAUAUAAAGAAAACAGUUUCAAGGAAAAUUUUACAAUAUACUCCUGUAAAUGCAAAAACAGUGAAAUUGUAGAGCAGAAGAUGAGAUCUUACUGUUUGAUGUAUUGUGUUCUGUUGAGAAAUGAGAUUCUUUUUGACACUGGUGUACAAAGAGGAUGACUGGUUUGAAAAGUGAAUUUCUUGUGCAAUCAUGUAAAUGUCCAUAUGCUGGACAAAAUUAAGUUG